AUUCUAAAAACGCCCUACUAUAGACAACUCGGACCUAUUGGUUCGUCCUCGCCUCCUUCCGUCGCAUCUUCUCCUGUCUUCCUGUCCCCGGUCAUAUCUCCUAGGGUUUACUCCGACUCCUCGGGUUCACCGAUUCGUGGACUCCUCCGGCGACUCUAGGAGAUUAUUAUGGAGUGUAACUCUUCAGAUGUACAGAUGCCACAGUGUGCGGAGGGUUCUGAGACUACAAUAGAGAUCAAGAUUAAAACCUUGGAUUCUCAAACAUACAAUUUGCGUGUAAACAAAUGUGUGCCAGUUCCUUUGCUAAAGGACAAAAUAGCUACCGUAACUGGGAUAUUGUCUGAACAUCAACGUCUGAUUUGUCGUGGAAGAGUCUUAAAGGAUGAUGAACUUCUCUCUGCAUAUCAUGUUGAAGAUGGCCAUACACUGCAUCUUGUUGUUAGACAACCUGGCCAGCCAGCUACAUCAGGAAAUGCAGGAAAUGAAGCUGCUGCAUCAAAUUCUGCUCGUCGUCACAGUCCCACAAUGGCUCGCAGUAUCGUACUGGAGGCUUUCAAUUUGGAUCAGGGGAGUGAAUUCUCUAGCAUUGCCCAGAUUCUCCAAAGCAUGUUGACGAGCCCACUAGCUUUGGGUGGAUCAGCACCUUCUGAUACCAGACCUUCAGAACCUACACAAUCUUCAUUCCUACAUGGUCUCAGGGCUGAGCUGGAUCAGCAGCAGCCUUCUCUGCUUUUCCCUGAAGCGGCACUUGGAUCAUCACAGCCAAAUGUUAUCCCUGAUUCCUUGACCACUAUUUCUCAGUACAUUAACUUUAUGAGGGAUUCCUUUAGGAGCGAAGGCUUCAAUGGAAAUGCACAAACUGUGGAUAACAGUGAGCCUAGAACUAUGCAAAGAGCUCAUGUAGGUGGCAAUCAAAAUCAGCAAAACCAGCCUGAUUCAGUUUCUGCACAGCAUGGACUUCCUACUGCAGCAUCGCUAGCUGAAAACAUGCAGUCGACUAGACAACUUGUUGAUCUGGCUGGAGCAUUGCUAUCUCAACUCUCGACGCAAUUGGAAGAUCUUGGGAAUGUAACUGACUCUGCAACACGGAGUAACAUUCAACAAAGUGCAAUGAGACAUGGUGUUCUCCUCCAGAAUCUUGGUUCAUUGCUUCUAGAACUUGGUCGCACAACAAUGAUGCUUCGUAUCAACCCUGUGCCUUCAGAAGCUGUCAUAAAUUCUGGACCUGCUGUUUUUAUAUCUCCAUCUGGGCCAAACCCUCUUAUGGUUCCUCCUGUUCCAUUUUUUCCAGGACCAAGAUCUGUCCAAAUGGGUCCAGUGUUUUCUAGUCUUGGCUCGCAAGGCUCUGUUCUGCAGCCAAGAGGUGCUGAUAUCCAUGUCCGUGCAAGUGGGUCUGUGCCUGUAGCCAGUACUGACCCAAGUGAAUCGGUUGGGGCACAGCCAGCACAAGAAAAUACAGAUAGAACUGGCAAUGGUUCACAUUCAAACGUUAGGGAAGCAUUUGCACGAGUUGCAGCGGUUGGGGCACAGCCAGCACAAGAAAAUACAGAUAGAACUGGCAAUGCUUUGCAUUCAAACGUUAGGGAAGCAUUUGCACGAGUUGCAGGUGGUGCUCCUUUUGCUGUUGGGUCUGGAGUUAGACUGGUUCCACUUAGAACAGUUGUUGCUGUGCCUGCUGGCAUCAGUCGCCCUCCAUCAGGUUCUUCUAGUGGAGGAGUUGGUGUUAUCUAUCCAGUUGUCACCAGAAUUCAACAAAGAGUAAAUACUAAUGGUAGUGAUGCACGAAAUGGUCAAACUCCAAAUGUACCUGACAAUAGUGACACCCAUGCUAAUCUGCAACUGAAUCCUCAACCAUCUGAAGCUCAUGAAUCAGGGAUGAUACUGAAGAUGCACACUGCUAAGAUGCUUGUUGGUAAUCUGGGACCUCAGGUUGAUGUCAAUGUGGGGAACAUCUCUCAGGCCUCCCAUGGACAGCAAAACAGCCAGGGUCCUUUUUCUCAGUUGAUGGACAGUCUCCAGUGGAUUGGAUCACUAUUUUCUGGAGAAAAUCCCCGAGCAAAUGGCACAAGUCAGCAUGUACCAGUAGUGUCUGCUGAGCCGAUACAUGCUAGAAACCACACAGCUCCUGAAGUGUCAGGGGUCAGCGACGAGGGGAUGCGCUUUGCUAAUUUGGUCCGGGAAAUUAUGCCGUUUAUCUCCCAAGCAGAAAAUCAACCUCAGAGCACCCCAGUAGACAGCAGCGGUACCCCUCCACAGACUGUGUCUGAGAGCUUAAACAGUGCAAGGGAUGGGCCAAGUGAUUCCGGAAAUUCACAUCAACAUAACCGUGACCCAAUCGAUGGGCCUAAUUCUAAAAGGCAAAGAACGAGUGACUGAUUCAGGCCGGCAUGUUAUUAUUUGGAGGCUGCUUUGCAGUAUGUGAGCUGAGAAUUUUUCCAGUUGAUGUUGCACCAGAGGAUUAAAAUGAUCAAAGCGAGUCAUAAGUUACUGAGACAAGUGGCAUUAUUUGUAGAGUAUAGUUAGCAUCUAUUAGGCGAGGCAGCUGUGCUUUCCUUGCUGCGCAGGAGUUCCUGUAGUCUUAUGCUUUGCGAACAUGCAAUUUUAAAAAAAAUCUGGUAUCCAUCUCCAAUGUGUACAAUUCAAUUUUAGUUUGGGUUGAAUUAUCUGGGCAAUUGAUGAAAUCUUCACAAGGUGGUGCUUGUAACAACAUACGCUUCUUGCAGUACAGCUCAUUCUUCCAUCA